UGAAACUAACCCUGUUACUCAGCCCAGAGGGAACCAUGGCUGCUGAGAACCCCAUGGAAAGUCUCCAGAAGGAAGCGACAUGUCCCGUCUGUCUGGAGUAUUUCACAGAACCUGUCUCUCUGGAGUGUGGGCACAAUUUCUGCCGAGCCUGCAUCAGCCAGUGCUGGGAGGGAUCCGAUACAGACAUGUCCUGCCCUCAGUGCAGUGAAACUGUGCAACAGAGAAACCUCAGGCCCAACAGGCAGCUGGCAAACAUAGUAGAAAUUGCCAAGCGACUGAGUUUACAGGCAGCAAAGGGAACAGGAGGGGACGGGGUGUGUGAGGAACACCAGGAGACUCUGAAACUGUUUUGUGAAGAGGAUCAAAGCCCCAUCUGUGUGAUCUGCAGAGAGUCCCGGGCUCAUCGCGCUCACACGGUGGUUCCCAUACAGGAAGCCGCCCAGGAGUACAAGGAAAGAAUCCAGGCCCAACUGAAGACUCUGAGGGAUGAGAAAGGAAAGCUGCUGGGAUUGAAAGUGACUGUAGAGGGGAAAAGCCAGGUGUAUCUGAAACAAACACAAACCGAGAGGCAGAAGAUUGUGUCCGAAUUUCACGAACUGCGGCAGUUCCUGGAGGAACAAGAGCGAUUCCUGCUGGCCCAGCUGGAGAAGCUGGACGAGGAGAUUGUGAGGAUCCAGAAUGAAAAUGUCAGUAAACUCUCCGAGCAGAUUUCCCAUCUCAGUGAGCUGAUCAGUGAGCUGAAGGAGAAGUGUCAGAAGCCAGCGAGUGAGUUCCUGCAGGAUGUGAGAAGCACCUUGAGAAGGUGUGAGAAGAGGAAGUUUGAGCAGCCAGAGGUGAUUUCUCCUGAACUGGAAGAGCCAGUCAGUGGUUUCUCCCAGAAAACUAUUGAGCUACUGGAGGCUCUGAGGAAUUUCAAAGACACUCUGCCAUCUGCACUGGAGAGAAAAAGAGGGGAACCACUCAGAGCACACAGACGAACAGGGGCUGCUAACAGCGAGUUUCGCAAGGGAGUUCUCCAGGUGAAGGAGGAGCAAAUACAGCAUCUGUGGGUGGACGUGACUCUGGAUCCAGACACGGCUCAUGCCAUCCUCAUCUUGUCUGAGGAUCGGAAAAGUGUGAGAUGGGGAGACACAGGGCAGCGACGGCCCAACAACCUUGAAAGAUUUAACUGUGAUCCCUGUGUGCUGGGCUGUGAGGGAUUCACCUCGGGGAGACAUUGCUGGGAGGUGGAGGUGGGAGAUGGGGGAGGCUGGUCUGUGGGGGUGGCCAAAGAGUCUGUGGCGAGGAAGGGAGGGAUCAGCCACAGCCCUGAGGGGGGGAUCUGGGCUGUGUGGCGGUGGUGGGGUCAGGUCCAGGCUCUCACAUCCCCUGUGACCCCCCUGCCCCUGAGCCGGGUCCCCAGCAGGAUCCGGGUUUGUCUGGACUGUGACCGGGGGCAGGUGACAUUUAUCGAUGCUGGUGACGAGGCCCCAAUCUUCACUUUCCCGCCGGGCUCCAUCCCUGGGGAGAGAAUCCGACCCUGGCUCUGGGUGGGGAUGGGAUCCCGGCUCAGCCUGUGUCCCUGAGACACGCCGGGCGUGAGGGGGAAUAUCUCACUGGGAGCCUGGAGAUCAGCCUCUCUGUAGCCUCACACACCCUUGUCUCUGUGACCUCUCCCUGAGGACUUUCUGUCAUGCCAUCACUGUGACCCUGGAGGCUUCUGCAUGGUAGAGAAGCCAAUAGCAUCACUGCCCAGGGAUUGUGCAGCCUCUUUGCUACUGUCCUCUAUGAUCCAGGAGGACUCUGGGGAUCCUGGGUCAGACAGUUUCACUGAGACAUGGGGGGGAAACAGCCAUCUGGGAAUGGAAAAAUGGGUUUCUCUAGCCAAGUAAUCCCAGCCCCUAUGGCCUGGAGGACUCCUGUCUACCCAACCUCUGGCCCCUUAGCUCUAUGACUCUUGGAAACUCCUCCCCCUCCCUCCCUGCAGCACCGGGUAUGGAAGGAGAAAAGGGGCCGUGGGGGCUGUGAGGUCACAACUGGUGGAGGGUCUGGAGGUAGAAGUGAUGUGGGGUUGGGGGGCAGUAUUAAUGUGGGGCUGGGAACAGGGAUUUGGAGGCAGGGCAGGGACACAGUAUUAGUUAAUUGGGAUUUGGCAUUUUGGGAAGAAGCUGGAAGCUCCGCACCAGCCGGGAGCCUGGGAGAAGGAGACCCAGGGACUGGAGAAUGUGCAUUCAUUCCAAUAUCCAGUGUGAACAAGUGACUAGUGUAGACGCUUCCUACGUCGAUAAAAGAGGUUUUACCAUCCAUGCAGUAAAUCCACCUCCAGGAGAGGCAGUAGUUAGGGCAACAAAGAAUUCUUCCCUUAACCUAUCUGCAUCUACAUCAGGGGUUAGAUCAACCUAACUACAUCACACAGGGUGUGAAAGUUUUCACAGCUCUAAGCGAUGUAGCUAGACUGACCUAAGUUUUAGGUGAAGACCAGGUCUCAGGAAGAAUAUUGCUACUACAGCAGAGCUACAGCUGUGUCGCUGAAGUGCCAUAGUGUAGAUGCAUCCGGAAGUGUUUUUUCCAUCGCUCUAGUUUAUCCCCCUUUCUGAGAGGCUGUAGCAAGGUCACCGACAGAAUUCCAUUGUCUGGACUGGGGAUUAGGUCGAUCUAGCUGUGGCACUCAGAGCACACAAAGUUUCACAGCCCUGCAUAACAUCCCCGGGUUGAUCUAAGCAUGAAGUGUAGAGCAGGCCUAAGAGGGGUUUCUCUGGAGCUGGCUGAAAACACAGGGGCUGAGGGAUUGCCUGGCAGCUUGGGGUGCAUGAGGCAGAAAGCCAAGAGAACCAGUCCUGAGUGUGAU